AUGUUGGACACAUUACUUGCUUAUUUACCUGAAUGGUUGCAGAAUUUGAGCACGCACAUUGACUACGAGGGUCAACGUAAAUCUGAAAGAAUAUUUCAAGUUUAUUUUAUUAAAUUUAUUCACUCCCCUAUUUUUAAGGUAAUUCUUGUUGUUCAUGGGGUUUUGGGUUUUAUUGCUGGAUAUAUGGUUCAGCAACUUUCUGUUACGAUUUAUACUGUUGGUGUUGGAUUUGCUAUCUCAUGCUUGGUUGUUUUGCCACCUUGGCCUUUUUAUCGUCGUAAUCCUUUAAAUUGGCAGCCAAAUCCUCAAAAGGAUGUUGACAAUGGACAGAAGGGUUCCUCUUCAUCGGGAAAUAAUAAAAGUACAAAGAAAUCGCGUUAA